CCUCGUCUGGUAGGACAGUAGACACCACAGAUCUGUUGAUCAAUUUUGUGCUCGUGAAAGAGAUAGAGAAUAGGAGACACAGAAUAAACGAGCGAUGUUGUUUCAGGUCGGUGGACAAGGGACUCGUCCCACCUUCUUCGAGAUGGCGGCUGCUCAGCAGCUUCCUUCCAGUCUCAGAGCUGCUCUAACGUACUCAAUCGGUGUGUUCGCUUUAAGAAGACCCUUCUUUCACAAGGUUCUAGAUUAUGAAGAUGAGUUAUUUUCAUUGCUUAUGCUGGUUCUUGAGACUCACAGCUUACGUACCACAGAUGCUUCAUUUUCUGAAUCUCUAUAUGGAUUGCGAAGAAGAGCAGCUAAAAUACAAUUGGCAAAGGAAACUACUCGGUCAGAAACCAUUGAUAGAACUCACAACUCGGGAUUACAUAAGCAUCAAAAAGUUCUCUCAGUUGUAUUUCAGGUUGUGUUGCCCUAUUUUAAAUCUAAAUUACACUCCCUCUACAAUAAAGAACGAGAAGCUGCUCUGCGAGCUAGUUUAUGGGGAUCUGAAGAUGAUAGAUUUGGAGGUGAUGAUUUUAUUGACAACAGUAAUUCCCUUGCCUCUACAAGUGCUUCAGAUGCAGAAGCAUCUUCUGCUACAAUUUUGAAGAAGAGGCUUAGAAAGAUCAUUGGUGUAUGCUACCCAUGGCUGCAUGCAGGGAACGAAGGAUUAUCAUUUGCUUAUCAGUUGCUGUAUCUAUUAGAUGCUACCGGUUUCUAUUCUUUGGGACUGCAUAUGCUUGGCAUCCAUGUUUGUCGUGCAACUGGGCAAGAGCUGAUGGAUACAUCUUCCAGAAUUUCCAAGGUAAGAAGCCGAGAACGCGAGAGGCUUCGGGGUCCUCCUUGGUUGAAGGCCAUACAGGGUGGACUGCUCACAUGUACAUACACAGUUCUUGAUUAUGCACAAACAGGUUUGAUUGCCGCGGUGUUCUUCUUUAAGAUGAUGGAGUGGUGGUACCAAUCUGCCGAAGAGAGAAUGUCAGCUCCAACGGUUUAUCCUCCCCCGCCACCUCCACCACCACCCAAGGUUGCUAAAGAGGGGAUUCCCCUACCAAGGGAUAGAACAAUCUGCGCUUUAUGCUCACAGAAACGGGCAAAUCCAUCUGUCCUAGCUGCUUCUGGCUUUGUCUUCUGCUAUGCUUGCAUAUUCAAAUAUGUCUCUCAGUAUAAACGAUGCCCAGUUACGUUAAUGGCUGCAAACGUGGACGAGGUUAGAAGAUUAUUUCAUGAUAUUUAGAGAAAAUACGAUCACAGAUCACAGCGAACGGGAGAGAACACAUUUCCCGGCCUUCGAACAAGAGCUUUGUUGUUGUUUGCUGCUUGUUUGAGUUUUAGCCAUUUGCAUGAUUGAUUUGUCUUACAGUUAGGUAAUCAAAAGUGUUCAUUCAUCUCCCUAGUUGAUUGGCAUGGGAAUUAAUUAGUUUUUUUUUCUUCUUUCAAUAUAUUAUGAUUUAAUAAUGACUUCUAUAAACUCUGAUAGCCAGGAGUUCCGCCUUUCAUUCAAUUAAAUAAAUCAGUUAUAAAUAUAGAAAGCUUUGUACUGAUCA